AUGUUAUCUAUACCAGUGAAAUCUGCCAAGCGGCUGUCCUCUCUCUUCUCGCUGGGUUCCUCCAAAGAUAACUCCGACCAGGACGUGCAAGUUUCCCGCCAAUCUGCCCUUCAAAAAGCCCCUCCUCCGCACGAAACUCCUGUCCGCGACCAGCGUCAACUACAUCCGCAGCAAAACAAAACCUCCACAGGCCGUAGCCUUCGUCAUGCUACCUCUGCCCAGCACCUUUCGGCAAAUUCUCUAGGUGUUCUCCCAUCGAAUAGAAACGUGUCCGCUCCUCUUCCUGCCCAAGAACCCGCUAACGACAACGAUGGAAUACUGCUCCCACCGCCGCCCCUCAAUACCUUGAACGCCGAUCUAUCCGACUCAACAAGUGAACGGCGCAUGAGCUGGAGCGGUGGGCUUUCAAAUAUGGCUACUGGAUUUUCACGGCCUGCAUCCAGAUCAGGGCUUUUCUCCGCCGUCAACACAGAUCCCAAGUCCUCGAAAGGUCGGAGUUGGUUGCCUGGGAAAGGCCGCUUAUCGUCUGUCGACUUAAAUCAACGCGAGCCGUCUAUGCGGGCAUGGAUUGCUGGGAGGGAUAUUGAGUAUGAUAUAAAUCCUCUGCUGAACGGGGAGAAGGUUGAUGAACUAUGGGAUGACUACGCGGAUACCUUUGUAUAUCUAUUCCCGCAAAAUGCAAACAGAGGACCUUCAUUCAAGGUUGAUUCCUCUAUCUUUGUAUCAUCCUCAAUUCUCACUUUCCUGGCUCGAGGUACAGACCCAACCCCUAAAUUCAAACGACGUACAAUACCAGAGGAGUUGCCGCAGCUCAACUUGCCAGCGACGGGGUCUUUACCAGUACAUAAUCAGAUAGGAUAUCUGGAGGACGAUCGGAGCAGUUCGGUUGGCAGGAUAUCUGGGGACUACUCAUUUGAUGAACCUCUUCAACCACUACAUCUUUAUGUCCCCGUACCUCUCGAGAGCGACCUUUCCAAUCCGAAUUCCGCCUUAGUAGAUGCAGAUAUCGACAUGCUCGUGCUGUUUCGAAAUCUAUUUGCUUUUUUAAUCGGCCAGUGUUUGAUUGGUACUCCUGGAAAUCCCUCGGUGUCUGAUGUUUUUAUGGAGAUUUCCGGGAUUCUUUCCAAAUUUGAAUUUACGAAUCUGGACGGCUCAGGGUUCGGAGAGACUGCGACCUCUAGCUUUGCUGCGUACUGUGACGAACUUAGAAUAUAUGACGUGCGGAAGAGUCGCGAGAAAAUUCUUGAAGCAAUCAUCCUAGGAGAACGGAUGAAAUUCUUUCCAUUAUACCGGGAAGGCUUUAUUCAUGGUGUUGGAAGAUUGAAGAACGAAGACUUUAAUAACCCCAAGUACCUCCUUAUUUCGGACCUUUCGCGGGAGAACAUUGAAAAAGGUUCUAAUGCCCUCCGAAAGGAACUUGAAAUCAUCCAAACUAAGCUUAACGACUUUGACUUUCCAUCUCUUUUCGCUGGUAUCGCCAACUCGAACACUCUAAACGGAGCCAAACAGGUACGGUUCAAGAACUGGAAGAAUGCGUUUCUAGCACUCAGGAAGGAUGUCAAAUCCUACUAUGCCAAACGUUUUGGAGCUUGGCCACCGAAAGCAGGUUCCGAAAGGAACCAAUCUGAGAAAAGUGGCUUGAAUCGCCUAGUCCUGAUGGAACUCUAUCAAGACUUUUCAGAUCUUUACGACAUGCUAGUUGAUAGAACAUCCUUGACUACACGAACGGUCGAUAUGGCGAUGAUGAACGAGUGCAAUACUACAGACCCUCAGGAUUUAACCAUUCGCGUUCUUCGACAGAUGAUGAGCGAGUAUGACCGAAGCACUCCACCUGUCCAACCCCCAGUCCCCUUUGACCUGCCUCUUAUGCCAAGUAUACUGUCUAUCCGCAAGAAAAUGGACCCGGAAAUGGAAAGCAAGGAACGGAUUAAAAAACUCGCACCAGGUGAAGCCAGCGAAAUCCUGUUCAGCUCGUACAACCACACGAGCAUCAAACCAACUGCUUUCCUCGCAAACUUCAUGCACUUUGAACGCGAGCAGGCGAAAGAGAAAGAGAAGAGCUGCGAUGAUCUGGCAGACUUACGCUGCGGCCAGUGGCUGUUUAUGUACGCUGUCCUCCAAUCGCUGCCUAGGGUUAUUAUCGACGCGCCUGAUGUCCGCUUCACGCAGGAGGUGGACUACUUUCUAUCCAUAGCCCCGUGGGGCGGAAUGCCAUGGUGUCGCGACGAUUCAAAAUCGGGACGAACGUGGUUCGGCGUCGCCGAUGGCUCGGCCGUAGUGAGCCUACCUAAUGCCUCAGUCACGAACGCUCCCGACAGCGCCUACCGCCGCAGUCACUGUUGGGAAGUAGCGAUGAAGUGGGCGAAUCAGCAACAAAUGCUCUCGCCAGCGAUGCUUGAUGGUGGUGAGGCAGAGAAGCGAUUCCAAGGCCAGAAUUCGGCUUCUGUUAUUGGAGGAACCGUGCCACCACCACCUCCGCUUUCGAUAACAGGUUCUUCAUCGGAUAGGCAGCCAACUCCACUCCUAACACCAGGUAGCCAGACACCACCACUUAUCAGCAUCGCGGUGCCCAGAGAGCAUUCACCGGGGCAUCUCCCAGGGGUAAAUGGUGGUAAUCGCGCCUCUAUCUAUAUGGGCUUAGAAGCACUGCCGCUUCCCCCCAGCGUGGUGCCUUUUGAGCCCCCCCCGCGACAGAAGAGCCAUAAUCCCACGAUGAGUUUUGAUGACAUUCUGAAAAGUAUGCCGCAAAAUAAUUUGCAGAAGUCAAAGAAGUGA